CGCCCGAGGUCCACCCACCCCGCAGCCCAGCAAGCACAAACAGGCCAGCCAGAGAGCCGUGAUGGAAGGUGCGGAUGCCUCCAGGAGCAAUGGGUCGAGCCCCGAAGCCAGGGAUGCCCGCAGCCCAUCGGGUCCCAAUGGCAGCCUGGAGAAUGGCACCAAGUCAGAGGGCAAGGACACCAAGACAGCCAACGGGCACGGCGGGGAGGCGACGGAGGGCAAGGGCCUGGGCAGCGCCCUUAAGUCAGGGGAGGGCAAGAGCGCCCUGUUCUCGGGCAACGAGUGGCGCCGGCCCAUCAUCCAGUUUGUAGAUUCCGUGGACGACAAAGGCUCCAGCUACUUCAGCAUGGACUCCGCGGAAGGCAGGAGGUCCCCGUACGCGGGGCUCCAGCUGGGGCCCUCCAAGAAGCCCCCCGUGACCUUUGCCGAGAAGGGGGAGCUGCGCAAGUCCAUCUUCUCGGAGCCCCGCAGCAAGCCCACCGUGUCCAUCGUGGAGCCGGCGGAGAUGCGCAGGAACAGCUACCCCCGGGCCGACUCGGGCCCGCUGCUCCGGGCCAAGUCGGGCUCCGAGGAGGUGCUGUGCGACUCGUGCAUCGGCAACAAGCAGAAGGCCGUGAAGUCCUGCCUGGUGUGCCAGGCCUCCUUCUGCGAGCUGCACCUGAAGCCCCACUUGGAGGGCGCCGCCUUCCGCGACCACAAGCUGCUCGAGCCCAUCCGCGACUUCGAGGCCCGCAAGUGCCCCCUGCACGGCAAGACCAUGGAGCUUUUCUGCCAGACCGACCAGACCUGCAUCUGCUACCUCUGCAUGUUCCAAGAGCACAAGAACCACAGCACCGUGACGGUGGAGGAGGCCAAGGCAGAGAAGGAGACGGAGCUGUCACUGCAAAAGGAACAGCUGCAGCUGAAGAUCAUCGAGGUGGAGGAUGAAGCUGAGAAGUGGCAGAAGGAGAAGGAUCGCAUCAGGAGCUUUACCACCAAUGAGAAAGCCAUCUUGGAGCAGAACUUCCGGGACCUGGUGCGGGACCUGGAGAAGCAAAAGGAGGAAGUGAGGGCUGCGCUGGAGCAGCGUGAGCAGGAUGCUGUGGACCAAGUGAAGGUGAUUGUUGAUGCUCUGGAUGAGAGAGCCAAGGUGCUGCAUGAUGACAAGCAGAUCCGGGAACAGCUGCACAGCAUUAGCGACUCAGUGCUGUUUCUUCAGGAAUUUGGUGCCUUGAUGAGCAAUUACUCUCUCCCUCCACCUCUGCCCACUUACCAUGUCCUGCUGGAAGGGGAGGGCCUGGGGCAGUCGCUUGGCAACUUCAAGGAUGAUCUGCUCAACGUGUGCAUGCGUCACGUGGAGAAGAUGUGCAAAGCUGAUUUGAGCCGCAACUUCAUUGAGAGGAACCACAUGGAAAAUGGUGGUGACCAUCGCUACAUGAACAGCUAUACGAGCAGCUAUGGGAGUGAGUGGAGUACGCCCGACACCAUGAAGAGAUAUUCCAUGUACCUCACGCCCAAGGGUGGGGCCAGGACAUCUUACCAGCCUUCGUCACCCAGCCGUCUCUCCAAGGAGACCAACCAGAAGAAUUUCAACAAUCUCUAUGGCACUAAAGGUAACUACACCUCUCGAGUCUGGGAAUACUCGUCCAGUGUUCAGAGCUCUGACGACGUGCCCAUAGUACAAGGCAACUCUUCCUUCUCCCUGAAAGGCUAUCCUUCCCUCCUCCGGAGUCAGGCUCCCAAGGCCCAGCCACAGACUUGGAAGUCCGGCAAGCAGACUCUGUUGUCUCACUACCGGCCUUUCUACGUCAACAAAGGCAGCGGGAUCGGCUCCAAUGAGGCCCCGUGAGCUGGGCAAGAAGCUCGCCGCCCCGUCCUCCCUGUCGCUCCUGCCUUCUAAGCUACUACGCUCUCGCGGGGCAAGGAGCCUGGCCCUGCUCUGCCCUCCUGCAGCCUCUGCUGGCCCUACCAGGGCAUCCUGGCUUCCUCUGCCCCCUCUCCCACCAGCCCCUUUUCCGACUGGUGACUUGUGAUGGUCACUGUGACUCCUGGGUUCAGGAGUCAAGUCAUGGCAGGGAUGAGAGACAGCAGACCUUCUCUCUCCUAAUCCUUCCCCCGGGUUGGUUACUGGGACCACGUGGAACCCGCCUGGUCUCCUACUUGUGUGCUGCCAUCUUUGGGCCUGGUGACAAUUUCCUUUCAACGCAGGCAGUGGGUGCCUGACCAAGGCAACCUUGCUUCUCCCAUCUCCAUGGGCGCACUUCUUCCCAGAAGCCCAGCCCUGUCUGGAGGAGAUUCGCUAUAUGCACCUUGCUGGGUCCUCUUAUUGAAGCAUUGCCUGGCAGACAGUGCAGUCCUGGCCACACCAGAGGGGAUGUUCUUAGUGUCUUGCCUCCUCCCUGGCCCAGUUGUGGGUCUCCAGGACACUGGAGGUUGGGGUCUCCUGACUGGCAGGGUGAUCAUAGCCAAUCUCCCCCGCUCUUUCCACUGCAAGGAUUAGUCCUUCCCUGCACGUGUUGGAAUCCAUCCAUGAGAACAGCCCCUGGCCCAGCUGUCCUGGGGGAACACUACCCUCCAGUGUUGAACUUGGUGUUCCCCCCAGCAAUGGAGGCCAGGAGGGCUGGUGGUAGCAGGGCUGCUUGCAAGGGUGUCACAUACAGGGCCCAGCCAGGGCCUCGGUUUCCCCCUGCCUACACUCCGAAUCACAUGUGGCUGCUUGCAGAGAAGCCAAACCAGGAGCAGUACUGGGUGUUUGGGGGCUUGGCUCCCAAUCUGGGCCACUGGGGCUACAUAUGGGUCAGCUUUCAGGGGUGGGGAGGGAGACUUUUGGCUUGGGCUUUCCCUCCCGAAUAAACCACUUCUCCCUCA